AUGGAUGCAGUGAACGCCUUCAACAUGGAGGUAAAGUUGGUUCGUGUUUUACUCUGAAGCUAACAUGCUAAAAGCUGUCAGUUGGUUUCUAAUUGUUCGAUUUAUUGCAUAUGUCUGUAUUUAUUACGUGAAGUUUAAACUCUGAAUUUGUCUAUUAUUGGUUAGAUCUGUUCUUAUCGGUUAAAAGUGAUAAAAGAAACGUAAAUAAGGCCUUGUUGAAUGUGUUAGCCGUAGUUGAGUUGUUAGCUAGAUAGUGAAACUGCGGGGCCUGAAGUCCUUGGGUCAGAUUAAUGUUUAACUUAUUCCACCUAAAUCCAAAGAAAUGCUCAAUAAAACUUAAAGGACACGUUUCUUCCUUCCUUUUACACUCCUUCAAUGUUUGAUAGUUUCAGUGUCCCUGUCUCAGGUUUAACAUAAAUCCGUCUUUAGUUUGGAGUUACUGCGCAGCGUUAGCUCAGCUAAAGGCUAACCUGCAUAUAUAACAGAUCUGCAGUCAUUAUUGAUACGACACUUAAAGACAUGCAUUGACCAUUUUGGGAUUUGAUAACUAGCUAAUUUUUUCCCGAAAUGCUCAUGAAUCUUUAUUUUGCUGUUUUUUGUUCUUAUUUUGAUCAUGUCUGUAUGAUGUAAUAUGAAGUCUUUGUGCGACGAUUUAAGGAAUUUAAGUCUGUUUUUUGGUGCAUCAUUCACCAAUCUGAGUCAUUAAAAGACGACAAUUAUAAUGGGAUCAAGAUCUAUGACUUGGAUUCAACACAGUUCACCUAACCACUUGGCACGAGCAAAUCAACACACGUGACUCAUACACGUGAUCGGCUUUUGUCAAAUCGUGUAAUUGCUAAUAAGAGAUCUGUGCUAAAGCAGAAGUCCUGAAUGAUCUGUAUGUUUUUACAGACUUAUCAGUCCUAACCGAAACACUUUCAAAUGAAGUUAAUAACAUAGAGGAACCCCGUAACAUUGGUGUUUGUCAGAGGGUUGUGGUAGAUGACAAAUAAACACCUGAUUUUCAAAUUUAAAGGGAUAUUCCGGAGUAAAAUUAAGUUAUGGUCAAACACAGUUAGACACCCUAGUUUUACCAAUUUUAGUAAUGACCCCAAGAUAGCAAUACAGAGUGGUCUGAGGAGCCAUAGACGAACCUCAACCAAAAUGCCACUCUUUAGCCACAAAUAAAGCUCAGAACAGCACCUAACUUCAUCAACAGUACAUAUAGGGUCCCAGCCAUAGUACUAGCCACCAAACAUCUUUUUAACUUUGCCUGAUUUCUUUAGCAAAGAGACUAAACACAACUCACCUACUCUCUUCCAGCAGCCGCUUGUUUGUAGCGCGACCUCAGGUCAGUCCAUUAUGGACUAAAGCGGGGUGACGCGGCUCAAGGAAGAACAUUUAUGAUAAUUUCUUUAUCAUUUCCUUAAGUGAAUAAUCAUCAUAUUAAUUAUUUUGCACUGCAAAGCGGUAGUUCUUCUGCCUUAGCAUCUCAGUCUGAUUGCAUUUCCAUCAAGAAAUGAUCAUGAAGAAAUGAGCGCUCUGUAUUGCUAUCUUGCAGUCAUUACUAAAGUUGGUUUAACUAGAGAAGCAAGCGAUCGCCAACAUUCUUCUCUCGAGGGGGUGUCUAACUUGGUGUUACAGUGUUUGACCCUAAAUUUAUUUUACGCCAGAAUAUCCCUUAUACUAUGUUGGAAGCAGGGAAAAUGUGCAGCUGUAAAAAAGUGACUGAUUUUGACAAUCAUCAAAUUAUGAUGGAACAAUGACUGUGGGAGAGUGUCUUCAAAUCUGCAGCCCUUUGUAAGGAAACUGGUGUAGGGGUGAAGGAAACUGCCUAUGAUGGGCAACAGAACUAGACUUCUGAGUGAUGGCAAAAGGUAGGCUGGAGGGAAAGUGUUGACAUUGUCAAUGCAUAUCAAGAUCUUGGUGUCAGAUACCACAGCAUACCCUCAGAACGGGGUGACUGUCAGGACUGUUAUGUGGGGAGGCCCACUCAAUAUUAGGUAGAUGGUCAAAAGGUAAGUGAGUUGGCCUGAAUUGAUCACUAAACAUGAAUGAAUCAGGCAGACAAAGAAAAAAAAAUGAGAGUCCAAAAUGUUGGACUGAUACCUUAGUUUUCCACUCUGGCAAAUCUCAGAAUUUGCUCAUGUAGUUUGAGGGGAAUUUGACAGUCCGUAAAAUUAUAAGUUAGUUUUUACGUUCAGACUCAAGUAAUCCGAGCUGCCUGCUUCCUAAAUUUGGGGGCAUGUUUGUGGUUACUGUUGAAGUUAUCCAAACUUCCCCGAGUCCGUUGAUGGAGACUGGAACAGAGGAUUCAAAUGAGGCAAAAAGGUGUCUUCAACCAACCUUUUAUUUCGGCACAGCAGAUAAUACAAGAUAUCUUGGAGAGCACAACAUCAACCCAAUGGUAUCUCUGAGGUGGUCUGAAUACUAUUUUUCAGUAGUUAACAUUUAUACAUCUGAGACGUCUCAUCAUCUUUAUGGGCGGAGAGUUUACAUCACCAGCAGUCCCCAGUGUUUCUCUACGGACAAACAAGCAUGGUUUCUAGUUCUAUUCUUCUGUUUUUUUACCUGACCAAAACCGUGGUUUCGGGGAAGUUGACCUUGGAUGCACCCAGUGCCUGUCUCCUUUUUAUCUUAUUUGCGUCAUGUAUUCCGGGCUUUCACUGAGUUCCCACUGAUCAGACUGCUGGGCAUGCAAACCCUCCCUUUACACCUCCACAUCUUCUCAGGACAGAGUGAUCUUCCUCCCUCACCCUGUUGUUCACAUUUCUGAGCUACACCUGCACGUCUGUUAUGAAAGGCACAUCAUUAUCUAGAGCAUAUGUCAAGGUCAUAGACACGUGAGGAUUAUAAGGAACACUUCUAAUGAAUGACUGUUUAGGCAUCAUAGCAAAAUAGUUUAAAACCAUACUUACCCACACUUGGCACUUCUAGGCAUAAGCUAAAAUCUUUCUUUACUGAGAGUCUCUCUUCUAUACAUUGUGACACAGUGAUCAAUUGCCCCUGUGUUAGCUUUAAACUUUCUUAUCUGAGUCACAAAAUAGCACACAAAAUAAUGUAAACACAAUAAGAAAACAGUUAAUCACCUGAAACAAUGGCUAAAUGAUUGGCAUGAUAUAUUAUCACCUGAAACAAUGACUAAAUGAUUGGUAUGAUAUGAGUUCCCACAUUACCCAUUGUGGAUCAUCUGUAGCUCAGGGUUGAGAAUUUCUAAUUGUCAUUUUGUGUCUUUUUUUUCUUUUCUAAGGACUAACUGAUCUUUUUAUCAUCCAACUAGUUGUUCUCCAUGAUUGACAUGAAGCCUCCGAUAUCUCGUGCUAAGAUGAUGUCUGUCACAAAAUCAGCCAUCAAGGCUAUUAAGGUAAAUUGAACAUAUGCUGCUUCAGUUUGAUUUCUUGGUAAUUUGUGGCUAUCAAAGGUGGGGGGCUGUCUGGAUUUUCACAUCAUCUACUGUUCUCUGGUAUAGAGUCAAUGCUUGACACAAAGGCUGAUUAUGAUUAAGGCAGUUACUACGUUUUCAAGAUACAACUACUGAAGGGUUUAUGUCAUUGUCUGCAUACUUAGUCUUUCUACAGUAGCUCUGUUGGAAAAUGACAAACUGUGGCUGAUCAACAUACAUGAAUUAAAGAUGAGAAUAUGCCAGUAGUUCUGAAGUUUUAUGAGUUUCCCUGGUGUGUUUCUUUUAAUUCUUAGUUCAGCUUUACCUAAGUUGGAUAUUUUGUUUUAGAUAUAUGUGCAUGUGUGGACAUGAUGAAUGCUGAAAUAUCUUAAAAGUAGAAAGUCUUUAGUUUAAUGCUGCUCAGUGUGUCGUUGAAUAUGUUUUCCAUUUUGAUGUAAAUGAGUCUUGUUUGAACAGUUCUCCUCUUUUGUUCACUUGCUGUUAUCAUUAUGAUUAAAGUGUUGUGUUUGUUGCUGCAGUGACUCAUGGGAAUUUUGUCUUUUUUAUUAGCUUUACAAGCAUGUCGUCCAGAUUGUAGAAAAGUUUAUCAAGAAGGUAUGUAUCCGUUACUAGUAAGAGAAUAUUGUAAAUAGAUUAAAUUUAAGUUCAAAUGUAAUUUUUGAUUAAACAGGAAGUCUUUUUUUUGCCUUUUUGCUCAUUCGCUAGUGCAAACCAGAACUAAAGGUCCCCGGUUUGUACGUGGUUGAUUCUAUCGUCCGACAGUCCCGGCAUCAGUUUGGUGUUGACAAGGAUGUAUUUGGACCCAGAUUCUUGAAGAACUUCACAGAUACCUUUCAGAACCUUUACCACUGCUCGGAAGAUGAUAAGGUACUUUGAAUUUAAACAUCAGUUAUUUUUUUAGGUUAACACUUCAAUAUGAAAGAAAUAUUUAAACACAGGUGUUGCUUUACUUUCUUUUACCAGAGCAAAAUAAUCCGUGUCUUGAACCUGUGGCAGAAGAAUGGCGUGUUCGAUAUGGACAUCAUUCAGCCUCUGAUGGACAUGGCGAAUGGAUCUCCUGUAUCUGCCCCUGCACUUCAAGGUAGAAUCAGAGUACCGUUAAUUUUAACAAUCUUUCUGUAGAUUCCUUGAGUUUGUAAAGUGCAUGUAAUUUAAACACAAAGAUUUUCAUCUCAUUCUUGUGUCUCAAAAGUUCCAGUUGACCCCCACCCAGUGAUGCAGCCCACCCUCACGAGUGCCUCAGAUGCGCCCGCAGUGCCACAGCUACCCACUCCUGACGCUUUGGCUGCUGUGGCUCAGCUGUUUCAGUCCCCCCAUGGUCAAGAGGUAAGCAGUCCAUUAACGUGAGCCCCUCUGGCAGUUUAUGAUAAUGGCAGGUUAGAAUUAAGACGUGAAAUCAUUUCUUCUUCUCCCUGCAGCUUCAGAGGAUGCUCCAGAGCUUCCAGCAGGCAGAUAAGAGCCUGGCUACCAUUUCAAACAACGUACCAAAUCCACCUCAGAUGCCUGCGGCCCAGCUCAACCAGUAUAAUGCACACACAGAGACCAAAAGCUCUUUAGCUGAGGUAAUGUCAGAGCUCGAAGUGCCUCAUUUCUCUCUCUGUGAUUAUCUACUUUCUCAUUCACCAGACUGUAAUAUUUCUCUCAUUCCUAGAAACUCCUCGACCGCUUUGACUACGACGAUGAACCUGAUGACAUGAUGGCCAAAGAAAGCACCGCCCACUUACAGUGAGUGUCAUAAUAAUUAUAAAUGCUGAUGAAUUCCUGAAUGUUCUGGCUCUGACAUCAGCCCAGCUUAAGCUUCAAAUGUGGACUUUGAGCAUGUUGAGUAAAUCACAGUGUUGCUUGUGUUUCACUUUAACAGCUCAGUUAAAAUGCUCUGUUUACAGUUAGUGCAGCUGAUAUUGAAUAAUAAAUGUGCGUACUGUGCUGAGUUGGUAAAAUAUCUAUUUUGGUAUUCGAUCCUGAUUAAACUGUUUCCUGAUUGUAGCUCAUAAAUUGUUCCUUCUCUAGUUACUGUUGAGUUUCUAUUUCCAGAAGAAAAUGUUUUUUGCUUGUUUUGUGACCUUGAACUUUCUGGUUCCCUCUACUCAAAAAUGAGGUUUUCCUUAUUUAUCAGUAUUAUUCCAUAAAGCAGAAUUUGUUUCAACUACAAAUGAUCAUAAUACUGCUGCAGUGACCCUCUUUGAAACUCUAAUUAUUUGAUUAUUUGAUUUGUAUUGGCACAGAAGAACAAACCAAUGACCCAGAAUUCAUAACAGUGAGGUUGUGAAAAUGUAAUCCCAAAAUAAUCUAAGCAGACAGGGUUUAAUUUGAUCCCCCAUGUGUUUUCUGUUAUUUACAUGUCCAGAUGUGUUUGUUUAACUCUCUGUAUACUCUUUUUUCAUGACAGAGGCAUUCCUGAGAAUAUAUUCAACCAUCUUCAUGGUCAGAUGCUCAACACAGAAAACGUUCACCCUCACAUGAUGACUCAGCCUGGUGGUACAGAGGUAUUGAUAAAGUUAUUAUCAUGGCUGAACAUGAUGAACCCUCCAGACUGUGUGAACAGACCGGUAUCUUCUGCUUUUGAAGUAUUUUCUUUGUCCUUUUCUUUGUCAUCCUUCAGCACGGUGUAGGUCAUGGUGAAAGUCAAAGGAUACCAGAUGGUUACCCUUCCUUAAACGAGGCUCAUCCACAUUCACAGGUAAACUUUUAAAACCUUGCUCAUGUUAACCUUUGUGUAAAUAACACACCAUUUGAGAGAGUUUCACUGCCUGUGCUUGUACAGUUGGUGGACUGAAAACUUCAUGUCAUCGUUAUUUGACAGGAAAAUUCACGGGAAAGCUCAGCUCUGAGGCGGGAAGACAGACACAGAGGCUAUGGCAGGAGAUCAAGAUCCAGAUCUGGGUCAAGGUAGGUAGCUUGGAGCAUCAGUCAAAAAGAGACAAGAAUAACGUCAUUUUGUUGUUUACCAAGCUUAUGUUGGUAGAGUCUGAUUUGGUGAACCCUUAUCAAAUCAGAGCAAUCCUUCAUUUUUUUUUCUCUUCCCCAAGAAGAAGAAGGUCAAGAUCUUCGUCCCGUUCGAGGAGGUCCAGGCAUCGACGCUCUCGUUCCCGCUCCAGAGAACGGCGCUGGAGAUCUCGCUCUGGUUCUCAGGACAGAGGUGAAAGAGAGAGAGACCGUGAGCGCAGACAGAAAGGUCUCCCCAGCAUAAAGAGCCAAAGACUCAGUGGUAUGUAAAACCAAUAUGCUGAAUUUGCACCCCUACUUCAGCAGAUCUAGAUUUAAAUGAAGCCCCCUCUGUGGACAAACAUGUACAUCAUUCCACUUUUCUGAUCUUGUCCUGCUGAGGCGGAGUUUGCAGAGUGAAAAAUCUCAUCUUAGUGUCUUUGAACAGUAAAAACAUGUCACUCAUAAACAUUUGCUCUUGGAAAUGUUAUGAAAAGUUUUAUUAACAUGCUGGAAACUGUCUGGUCUGACACCUGUCACUCAAAUGUUUAGAAACUGACAUAAAAAAAGACAAAUCUAUUACUCUGGUGCUCUACAGGAUGACAGUUGUUGAGAUACUUGGUUUAAUUGGAAGCUAAAAAGAGUGUUUUUUUGUACCUCUUCCCUUCAUCUGUCUUUUAAGCAUUAAAAAUAACCAAAUUAAAAAUCUUCCUUUCAGUAUAAAAAUAUUGAGGGUCUGUGAUGAAGCUCUAAUGUUUCGUGAAAAUAACCACAGCAUUAAUCUAUUGUUUGAUUUAGUUUGCAGCACUACACUGUGGGUCGGACAGCUAGACAAGAAAACUCAGCAGUCAGACGUGAUGUCUCUUUUGGAAGAGUUCGGCCAGAUUGAGUCCAUCAAUGUGAGUCUGGACAGUUGAUGUCAGAGAUCAUCCCAAAGCUCUAUGAUCUUUGGAAAGUGUUUAACAUUUUUUUUUUUCUUUUUUUAAUUCUUCAUAUCCAGAUGAUUCCUCCGAGGGGCUGCGCCUAUAUUGUUAUGGUUCACAGACAAGAUGCCUACACAGCUUUAAACAAACUGAGUCGAGGGUCGUACAAAGUCAACCAGAAACCUGUGAAGGUACCUGAAGGUUUAUAUAUGUGUGACGUUUUAUCUUUGUUCUGUGUAUCUUGAUUUAAUGCCGAAGGUUGUAACUGCUACAUUGCUUUUCCUAGAUUGCUUGGGCUUUAAACAAAGGUAUAAAACAAGCUCACAAAAAGUUCUGGGAUGUGGAGCGGGGAGUUACCUACAUCCCCUGGAGCAAAGUCAAAGUUGAAGAGUUGGAGAGCUACAGGGAAGGAGGCAUUCUGGAUGCAGAGACACUGAAUCCAGGUAAACACUUUUUUUUUGCUUGCCAGAGAUUCAGCAGCUAAAAAUGAAUCUGUUAAAGAUUAUCAGAAAUAGUUUCACUUAUUUUCCAUUCACUUUUUCUUGUGCUCAGAUUGGAGUAAUGCUAAUGACCUUCAGAAGCCAGCAGCUGUCAAUGGAGCACUGGGGAGUGUAUCAGCAGAUGGGACCCUAACUGCCCACGUUCAGGUAAUGCUAAUACUGUCUCUAAAUUCCUUCUUUUCAAAAUAACGUGCUAAUUCAUUGAUUUUCAGUGGCUUUCUUUUGAAUUCCUACUUCACAAUCUGUCUUGUGGAGAAUGUACGGAAAAUAAAUCAUUACCAAUGAGUGACGGAGCUUAUCUGAAACCCUUUCAUCUUUUCAAAACUGUAAUCACACACCAAGUUAGUUUAUACAAAACAACACAAAACAAAUGAUUGUUAGAAAUUUUCUACAUGUACCAAAAAUGAAGAAAUACAGUAGUAGCUUUGUGUAAUAGAAAAGACGCUCCAUUGAAAGACGUUUCUAUUCAGUGGAGAACAACUUUUUUCAAGGUCAAGAUACACACACACACACACACACACACACACACACACACACACACACACACACACACGCCUGUUGUUGGUUUUCUUCCUGUGUUCUUUCCAGACUGGAACAUGACCCAUAACUAUCAGUCCUCCUCCAUAAGGUGGUGCUCCACUCAUAUCAGAUCAAAAAAUCUUGAGGCGAUGAUAAUGUGGCUUCCAUACAUGUGGAUCAGCUCCUUUAUUGUCAGAGAGUACAGUUGGGUCAAAGAACACAAAUGAGCAUUUGCCUGAAAACUGCAUAUACCCUUUAGGAUUAAACUUGGUGAGGCGAAGGCUCAAACUGAACUCCAUCAUCAGCUUGGCCAUCAUAGAUGGCAGCUACACUUUAUGCAGUAUGAUGAACACUUUUUCAUUUGGUCUAUGAAAGGCGAGUUUAUUUGAAGACCAGCUGCAACAAAAUAUGCAAACUUACCAAUUGUCAGUAUGGUCCAGUCUUGGUCACUGAAUUUAUAAGGAAAUACUUGUGGGCUUGUUAGCUUAGUGGGCUGGUACAUCACAGCCCAAGUGUAACUGUAAAUGGCAAAUGCUUUGAACAUAACUCUUACCCAUUGUAGGGCUGCACGAUUUUGGCCAAAAAUAAAAUUAGCAUUUUUUUUUUCUCUGAAAACUCAAUUUUCGAUUCUUUAUUUUUAAGGUGAAGUUUGGUGAAGUUGUCACUGAAUAAAGUUUUUCUAUCAUCUCUCAGAACAAAACCGCUGAAAACGAUGUAGUGCACAUGCUAAGCCAGUAAGUGGCACUGUAAUGCUGUCCAGGAAAUGCACCAAAGACACGGAGCAUGUGUAUAAAGGUUGUUUUGGCCAGACGCGCACAGUCGCCAUGAAAGAGUUACGCUGUGUGUCACAUGAUCGUUUUCAGAGAUGCAGAUAGACAUCCACACAGAGAUGAAAUGGUCAUCGUUUACGGAUUUAUGCAAUCUCUGACCAUUUUUCACAAAGUACCGUUUGCAGUCCCCCAAAACGCUGUUUCUGUGUGGAUGAAAUGCCGAUACGACAAAAAACAUUUGCGUUUAUUCCUGAAUUCGUUUCCGUGUGGACGGGUUAAUACCGUUUUCAGGCAGACUUUGCAGCGGCGAGCGGUUUGCUCUUCAUCCGAAACUGUGAAGCCAUACCAAUUUCACAUGACUGACCUGAUCUUGUCCUAUUUAGCCACGAAAUUACCGCCUUCUUUUGUAGACGCCAUGUUUGUUUAGACUGGUGUGUGUGGGAACUGGGGAGCACUCCCACAAGAAAGGGGAGCCUACGGUGGCCUGGAGGCACAAGACAUGAUAGAGAGGAAAAUCGAUUAGAUGAAUUUAAAAUUUUUUGUAACAUCCUCAUAAUCAAAUAAUCUGAUUAAAAUGGAUUAAUCGUGCAGCCCUAACCCAUUCAAAUAGCAGCUACAUUCAUUCCUUUGUCUUUUAGAGAAAUAAUUAACAACUCGUGUCCUUUAAUGCUCAGACUAUAAAAGUUGUGUCUCUGAGUUACUCACUAAGUAAACUUUGAACUAAGUAUUUCUGAUGUUUAACAUAAAAAUAACAGUUGUGUGCGUUAUGCAGAGGUGCAUUUUCAAAUGCUGAAUUAAAUUCUCCUGAAAAGAGAAAUGGUUCAGUUUCAGUAAAAUAUCUAAUUAUUUAUGAUCCUAGAAGGUUUAUAAAAUGUCUCUCAUGUCUUUGCAUCACAAGGGUGUUUCAGAGUCUCCUAAAUGAGCAGACAGAUUUAAUUUGGUGAUUUUUAUCCUCUUAAUUUUCACAAUUCAGAUAAGCUCCUACUGAAGAAGCUUAAUUCAGUAAUGCUUCUUCAUCUGUUUCUGCUUCUUCACCAAAGACUUGAGUCUUCUUUCGAGGUUUCUCUUCUUCUGUGCAGAAUACCUUUUAAAAAUAAAGUGGGCGAUUUCAAAAAAACUGAAACUGUAGAGGGGAGCAUUUCUGUCUUCUUGAUUGGUUUUCCACAGAUAUCAGGAAUUGUUUUUUCAAAUGAUUUUCACAUUAUCACAAUGUUUUAAGGUGAUUGGUGACAUGAACCGUCUUAGUUGGGAAAACGUGUGUUUGAAUCAUUGAGUGUGAACAGUACAUCUAUCUGAACCUUACAUCCAAAGUAAUCUUUGUUAAAACCCAAAUAUAAGCUGUAAACAUCAUAGAACUGGUCACAGUCACUAUAUUUGUCACUAAAAUCAAUAUUCAUUUUAAAUGUAUAAAAAAGUUCCAUUAUGAAUACUGAACCUCUGAGAAUACCCGAGUUCAGUUUAAACAAAAAAAAAAGUAAAUCUAUCAUAGGGUGAUCGCCUGAACUGUUGAAAAUACUGAAACAAUUUCAUAAAGUCCUCGUACGACUCUAGGCUCAGUAAAUGUUAACUAACUACAUGUAAUAAAAAAUGGUCCAGCUGGAAUGUCGGCCACCCACCAUGCUUAGCAGGCCUGCUAAACUUUGCACGUCACUUUGGAGAAGGGUUGCUCAUAUGUCUUGAGCUUGGGACAGUCUGACUCUCUGCUGCUGGUUGGAUUCAAAGGCUCAAAUGGGAGGAAGAGUGUCCAAGUGGGAGACAGGUAAGCAAACGACACCGUUAGCGACUUGUGGAAAAGAAGCUAAACCUGAGAGUCGUACCUUAAACUGGACAACUCCCCUGAGUACUGAAUUUAUUCAGAAAGGGUUUCUGGGAUAAAAAUUGCUCAGCAAAACAAGAACUAAGUCCUUGAAGGCUGAGCUGUUUCAAAUCCAGGCGUGUCUAUCAAACCCAGUACAGUUCCUCAAAGAAGUGGAUCAGACUGUGAGUAGGCCAUCAAGUGGUUUAUGGUAUUAAUGCUUUUGUGUUUGUCCUGAAGAUGGAGCUUAAGCAAGUGCUAUGCAUCUAUACAUUUACAUUAUUUACUGUUAACUCAAAUAUUAAUAUACACUGAAACAGGAGCUGUAGAUUUAAACUUAGGUUUGAUGAACUCCAAAGAGUCAAAGUGGGCGGUUAGACUUGAACCACUGUAAUAAGUUGACGACUUUGUGGCUGUAAACCAUAGACUGUACUAUUGACAACUUUCCUCUGCCUUCUGUCAUUAUACAAAUUUGAAGCUGAAUUGCUCUCAGUAUUUCCGGGAUUUUCUCCACUUCCUGGAACUACCACUUGCGCAGUAGUGUUGUAUGCAUUCACAGUUGCUUUGAUGACGCUCGGCUCAAACAGCGUAUCUCCUAGGUGAGCUGUACAAUCUUCGUACGCCCAUAAGCUGUAUCAAGUGUCAGUCAUAGAAAAUAUGAUCCCUCUAUAACUUUUAAGAAUGGAGCUGUACAGAAAAAGGAGGACUUGAGCACAAACCAGUCUUACUGUAACUACAUGUCAACAUCGCAACCAAGGGGGAGAAAAAUUUAUAUUUUGUGUAAUAAAUUUCUAAAGUUUGUCCACAGCUCCAUAGGGAUUGAUGGAGGAGGCGGGAUUUAUGACCUAAAAUGCAGCUGGUCACCAGAGGGUGCUGUUCUCUCAGACCACGUCUAUUCUAUAAACAGUCUAUGCUCUGAACACUUGUGCACCGUACAUUGAGCUUUCCGUGACUCUUACUUCAGGUUUAUGCCUCAACUUCUUCAAUGUCUUUUGGCACACUUUGACAGUUUGCUGUAUCUUUUGUUCCCAAAUCGCUGCAGACAGUCUAAUGUAAAAUCUUAGUAGACUGUUCACUGCAGCUUGAUUUGAGCUCACUUAGACAGUUUAUGCUCUUAUCUAUGACCAAAUGAAGAUUAGCCUUGAUUCUGCAUUUUCUUGUUUCAUUCUGAGGACGGCCUGAAAUCUUUGAGUUGUCUACUGUCUCUGAAGGCCGCCACCAUGUCAGUGAAUGUCAUCCAAGCCCGGUCAGAGAAAAUCAUUUGGAAGGAUGAUGUUUUCACACUUAUGUGGAAGACAGGCUGAAGAGCUGCUGUAAUUUCUGUCCAAUAACAGGUUUGACAGCUUUUUCCCUUUAGGGAAACAUUGGACAUUAUUAGUUAAUAUCAUUUGUACCGGCUCUUAAUGUGCCAAACCUCUCCAUGGUCCUGCACCUCUGUGCAACACACGGAUUUACAGAAAUAUGCACUUUUCAGCUUUCUGAAUGCUGAUCUGUCAAGUUCAUGCUGAUGUUCUGUGACAGAAAAUUAGAUUCAUCAGAUGUCCUUGAACCAUGACAUGGCUUUCAGUGAAUAGUUUUAGUAGAGCAAAAAUGUAUUAAGAAGCGUGAAAACAUGGCUCUUUAAUAUCUAAAAUGUAUUGCUCUCAUGAAUGUAUGAACUUUUUAAUGCUGAGGAGUUUUGGUCAGAUGCUUCUGCAUUUGUCUGCAGUAUCGAUAAACUUGUUGCAAACUUUCACAACAGGAUUGGAUGAUGACGACAUUUGCUCAGCCUGCACAGUAAGCUGUGUAUUAGGAUAUCUACAACAUUAUGCUGCCUCUUAGUUGACUCAUUGGCACACACUGUAGUGUGUUGACACAAUGUCAGAGUCAGGUCAUGCUGCUUUUUUCUGUAAUUUUAUUUGAAGUGAGCUCCUCAGAAAAACUGCAGGUUCUUCACGUCACAUUUGCUGCCUGGAUCAGCACAUCCCAGCCUCUUUUCCAUGAUCAACUCUCCUGUCUGUGUGUGUGUGGUAGGUUUGGCAUGUGGUAAAGGUGCAGAAUUAAACGUUGAAUCAUGAUGUGCCCAGAGGAUGGAGUUCCACUCCUGGCCAUCUGCCAGGACAGCAACAAGUGGUGAAGGAGGAAUAAAUGUCCAGUGCUGAGUCAUGGCUAAACAAUGGUAGAUGGAACAAAGCGUGCACUUCAAUAUCUUCAUGAAGUAGAAAAAUAGUCCAUAAUCUCUGCAGUACAAGGUCGUAGACGGGGCUUGAGGUGUUACUUGUUUACCCCUCAUAAGAUGCCCAUAGCUUGUUUUUCUGCUUUGAAGGAGUAGCCUUUUAAACUUCGAAGGAGAUGUAUCUUAGAGUUGUUUACUUCUCUACCUUCUGAGUGUACGAGAACGAGCUAUGUAAAAUAUGUUAAGUUCGAUACUAACAAACAUAGCGGUACUUUGCUACCUUAAUUCUAUCAGAUAUCCCUCAGCAUUGACACCAGUGAAGAUUGAGUGAUAUUUCAAAGCCCAACCAUGAUUUUCAUCAUAAGGGGAUAAAGUUGUUUGAUGCAGCGUCUUUAAAUCUGAAGUUUGAAAAGUCCUGUUUCCUUUCUGCAUUCAUGUUCUAGAGACUAAAAUUAAACAACAGUCAGUAUUAAAUUAUGGAAAUAACUGUUGCACAGUUAAGUUGAAACAAAAGGGUGUAAAUUUAGUGAAUCAACAGGCUGACAUGCUGUGAAUGACUAAGAGAGGAAAAUUAAAAAUGCUUAUUGUCCAGAUGACUCUGAGUGCCUUCGGAAAGAAAAGGACAAGCCUGAAAGCAUGACAGGUAACACAAAAACUGAAGAAAAGACAGGAUAAAGUCAGUGGAUAGAUUAUAAAAUAACAUCUACAGAGUUUUUAAGAGACAGACCUGCUUGAAAUGUUUAGAUUUUUAAAAUUCUGUUCAUAGUUGUGUAAAUUACAAAGAUUUCGGCAAAGAUUUAUCCUCGAACCUUGUGACUCAACCAGCUUUGACUGUAAAAACUGUCCUUAAAAAUCUGUAUUUUACACUCACUAGUAAUAGAUCCAAAGUAAUUAGUUUACUCUGUUUUUAAGUUGGUUCUUGAUAAAUUUUAUCCCUUAUUCCAUAUCCCUUGUGUAACACCUUUCCUAACAUUACCCCUAACAACUUUUUUCAAAAUGUUUUCAAGUUUAAAGCAUCAAAAAAGUUUCAUAGCUGUAACUCUUUGCCCUUCGACAUGAAUCCUGUGUGUCUGAGGAGUUUAGUUACAGUGUAAAAUCUCUACAGUCUUUCCCUUCACAUGAACAAAACAGACUCAUGAGUCUCACAUGAGUGUAAAAGUCAUCCCUUGUUUGUUGAGUAUGUUGUAGGGCUGCUUCAUUACUCUUUCCACGUGUCUCAUAAGUACCAGGAUGAAGGAAUUAUUUUGUCGCGAGGGAAAGAACCGAGAUGAAACCCAUCUGGGAUGUGAGUCUUGGUCAAAGAUGUGUUGCCCAGCUGCCUGGCUACUUUUAACCUGCAGGAGAAAUGGAGCUGCACAUAUCCUGUAUUUCCUGCUGAUGGAGUGAACACCAGGGUAAGAGCAGACCCCUCUGUUGCUAACCACACAGUAGUCCCUCAUCACAGCAGUUUGACUUAUGAACCAUCCCCCCCAUUUUGAAUUUGGUUUUGUUGUUCUAAAGCAGAGCAUGAAAGAUUACGCAUUAGGAAUAGAAUCUGUUCCAACCUUUUUCUCAUUUGAUAAAACAGGAAAAGUUCAAGUUUGGUUCAGUUCACAUCUGCUAAGUCAAAAUAAAAAUGUUUUGCCAUCUUAGAAAGCAUCUCCAUUUUUAAACUAGACUAUUACCAACAAAAGUAAAACAGAUAAUCAGUGAGAGGACAGUACUUCCUGUUCAGUUAUCUGUUCAUGAUAAUCAUUUGUCUGUCUUGGAGAAUUAAAAGCAUGCUGACCUUUUUUUCCCCCCAUCAGUUUUUAAGAAUUAAAGCAGGAAGAGAUUUUUCUUUCCAAAACAGAAUUUAUUUAGUCCCUUAAAGCAGCAGCCAUCCCCCCACCCCCCAACAAAGCCCCUCAGAUAUAAUUAAUGUUUAGACAGUGACAUAUUUUCAUCUAUUUAACCCAAAGAAGUAAUGAAUGAGUAUACCUGUAUUAUUCACAGAGAUGUAUUAUCAGGCAGAACUAUCCAGUACCUGUCUCCCACUCCCAGGAUCUCUGCUGCCCCCUAAGGGGCCUGGACCUAAGGUUGGGAACUGAUGCAGGGAGCUCAGUAAAAUACUAAGAGGUACAGUUUUGUUCACAGGUGGCGCCAAAAUGAAGUUCUUUAUUCUUCAUACAGAUUUCCCACCGUGGGAUGAAUAAAGGUUUAUCUUAGUCAUGCUUUAAAGUCAAAAGCUUCAGUUUGAAGUUUCCUCACAACAGGAAUAAUAGGAAAGAAAAUGAAAUAGAGAAAUUCAGCACCUCUACCAGCCAAGAUCUUUCUCUAACUGUGGUUUAGGAAAGUAAGGCUGUUAAACUAAAGCUGCUAAGAAUGAGUUCACGACUUCAAGCUUUGACGUCUCCCUGUGGAAGUGUGAGGAUAUAUUAUAUUAUAUUAAUGCGUAUCUGUGUGUACUACUCAGCAGCAAUCUUGUAUUUGGGUGCAGACUGUCAAAAUGGAAACAAGGGUUUGAUCAUGACUACAUACUGGACAAAGGUAGGUUUACAGUCAACUCAGAAGUGAAAUCCAGGCUUGUCAAAUCUGCCGUUAUUAAUUUUUAACUUCUAUUAUAGGUGUUGAAGUUAUGAGAGAAAAAUGUUUAACACAUUAUUCCAAUUUUGGAAACUGAUUUGAUAAUUAAAACUAGCAGAGUGAGUUCAGCUUCUAAUAACAGCGAAUCAAACUCCACUGCCGAAAAACCUGAUCCUUCAGUUCUUCUCGUGUCCACUUGGUGGGGUUUCUGGGAAAUGGGACGUUUUUACGAUAUUCAUAUCAGGGAGGAUGUCUGCAAAAGAAGAUAAGAGCUUUAAGAAUUUUUUUUAAAUACAUGAUUAUGAGAAUGAAGUCAAACGAUAAAGUCAAAAUUAAGAGGGUGAGGUCAAAUACACGUUUUAAACCGCAAUGAAAAGUGUUAAAUCUGAACAUUUUGGGGAAUUUAAAUUUCAAGAAAGGUUUAAAAAAAAAAAUGGGGGUAAGAAGUUGUAAUUAGAGUCUGAUGUUGAUCAGGCUAGAGCAGUAUACAGGGAAAUAAGAAAGGAAGUCGGCUGUCUGCACUCAAAUGAGGAUGUGGAUCAUCUUGUGUAGUUUAAUUCUGAGUACAAACAGCAGCUGCUACGGCUGCUCCUCUUGAUAAGAGACUCAGUUUUAUUUCACAGUCAUUUCAAAGUCCUGAUUCUCAUGUUAAUGUGCAAAAAAUUUCAGGUGUUUAGUUUUCGAUUAAGCUUCAAUUAAAGUAUGACUUCACAAAAUAAUUCCAAGUUCCUCGUUGAAGUUCAGACAGCUGUCGGCUCCUGUGAUCUCUUUUAAAAUAACACGUAGGCUUUUUUUGUACUUUAUUCUCAAAAAUUGCACGUUUGAAGAUCUCAAUAUUAAUUUUUACAAGCCGUUCCUAAAUGUCUGAAUAUGGUGGGGUUGGACUUUUCCUCAGUUCACUGAAAACGUCUGUUUACCAUCAACUCUUUGAACAAGUGUACAUUUUUGAUGAAGUAACUGUUGUAUCACGGGGAUUAAAGUGGCCUCUCUUCGCUGCCACACAUAUAUUUUUAUAUUUUUGUGAGCUUUGCCUCAAAAUUCUGUUCGUGCUUAGAUUAGAGAUUUGAUCAUUUUUGUUAAUUGAAAUGUUAAAUAUGUACUAAAAAUCACAUGCAUGUGAAAUGUGUAAAUGACCGACAUUCCCUGAAGCAGACGUGGUAAUUGUUGUUUUAGCUGAGCUGUUUAGUGUCUCUAAGAGGUAAGGAAUUCACAUUUUCAUGAGCACUUCUGUAUCUGAGAAAAAAAAUAGUAGAUUAAAAAUAUUAGAUUAAUGUGACGCCGGUGUUCAUACAGUCGGCUUCAGCACCAAGGAUCUUCUGAACAGGGCCGAGCCUGGAGGAUGUGGUAGGCUUUGAGUUUUGAGUUGAUGUGGUCACUUUUAUUACAUUUGGAGGUAUUUGUAUUGAUAGACUUCGGGUUGUUUGUUAAAUGCAUGACAAGAAAUAGCACUUUGAGCUCAAGUAGUGCAUGAACUGUCUUAAUGUUAAAACCGUGUUUGAGUAAACCUAUCAUGACCGUGCAAGACAUGAAACUUGAUCUGCACAUUGAAUAUAGUGUAUGUAGUAUAACAUUGAAUACUUUUAGUUUUUUUAGGUGCUUGACAUGAUCACACGAUGAUUGUAUGUCUAACUCGAGCAGGCUAACUACCUGUUUCAUUAAUUUUUGAUGCAUUAUUGUCUUCGAGUCAUAAUUCGAAGCUGACCUCUUUUAAAAAGCUUUGUCAGUUUAAAGUACCAUAUGAAAUACACAGUUUACUCACUUAUUUAAUAAAGCCAUUAGUGUUCCUGUAAAUGUAGCUUGUUGUCAGUAAUACUGUGAUCACAGAGAAAACCUGACCACAGUUUCAGAGUGUUUGUGUUUUUUUAGUCACGUAUCUUAAGACAUUAAAAUGUGUUUGUUUUAGUGACUGGCAGCAGUCUGACAAAUAAGGUGGGACUUCUUUUCUCGUACACAUCUGACUCGACCACAUUUUUGUCUUAUCUUUACCUCAAAGCCACUGAAUUUUCUGUCAGUCUGAUUAAUGUCAAACUUCAAGAAAUGUCUGUUGAGUUGAGUUUUGUUGUCCUCGUUUAUUCAAGUAAAUAUGAGAAAUUGUUCAGCAUUGUUAGAGGAAGGAUUUACACCUUUUAGAGUUUAAUGUAAUGGAGUACACAGGAAAGGCAGGGUGACCAUUUAAAAGGGGCACUUCCUGUACGCCACAACUUAGAUCUGCCCCCAGCAGCGCUUUCAAGACCUUUUUGUAAACUCCUGAUCAUAAUGUUGUCGUCAAGGCCCAGUUUUAUCCUGUGAAGAGGGGGCAGGUGAAAUUUUUAAGUGGGGCGAGAGGUAGCCUGGAGGUAGAUUGGAAUAGUUUCUCAAACACCUGAUACCCACAGUGACGGGUUCAUUUCAACUCGCUGAGGCACGAGUAAACAGAGGGAGCCUCAAACGUCAGAAAACAAGCCCACAUCCUGUAUGAAACCAAACUUGACUCAGAAUUGAUCUGUUGUUUUUCACAUGGUCAUUGUGAAAACGAAAAGUGAAUUGACACACGAGUGUAAUCUGAUGAUAAACUAAAAUACAAAAAUAAGACUUUGUUGUACUAAACUGCCUUACAAACCUGCUGUAUAUAUCAGGUCAAAACACGAAAAGGAUUCUUUCUCAUAUUUUAUACUUUUUAAAAAGGGACUUGAAAGGACACUAUCACAUUGAAUCCACUGAUGGGACAUCCAGUCUCUACUUUAAAGGGAAUCCAGAGGACACUUUGCAUAUGUUUAUACACUGGGAGGGCACCAACAAGGAGAUUUUUGUGUGAUUUCUUCUGAUAUGUCAUUGAGGUGGGUGAUCUGUGAGGGAUUUAUUUAUUUAUUUUAUUUAUUUAUACAGAGGUCUUUAGUGUCAUUGUCGCCCCCCUUGUCCGACCUCUCUCAGUGCACCACAUCAGGUGUCUGUGCCACACAAUAAUACUACAGCUCCACCAGCUAAAACUCUCCACUUCCCUGGGGCGCUGUUGAGACAAGCACACUGUGGUCAACAGUCACUGUACGGCUGUAGUGUUCACAAAACAUGAUCUAUAUUCACAUAGAUUCGUGUUAUUUUGUGAGGCUGUGGUGUGCGCGGAAUUUGUCCUUUAAGAUAAAAAAUCCAGUACCAGUAUAAAGUGUAUUUAUAAAAGAGACUUCAAACCGCUAAAAUCAAGUUAAAACUUAGAUCGGUGUUAAAAAGGUAAGUAACACGUUGUUGUAUAAUCUUUUGUUAAUUGAAGUACAUGGUGUCCCACUGAAAGUUCUUGAAGCUCUUUUCUAACAAUGGCCUCAAGAAAACUAACCUCAGUAUAUACUGUACCUUUUGACAUGAGCUGUGCGAUCAUACCUAGCUGGAAAGGAGCGUUUGAUGAUGAUUUCAGAAAGAGACGUGUUUCAGAAUUGAUGCAUUUUGUUGCAUCACCUGUUUUUUACUUUUUUUUAUUUUAUUUUUUUCGCUCUGACCAAGUCUUGUAAAAGUGAAUGCACUAAUCCCAUGAGUCUCUGUAUUUUAGUCUAUGUCUGCUAUUUUAUAUAUACAGGCGAUGUUGGCAUACUAAGGUAUGUAACACUCUAUAAAAGGCUGAGCUGAAUUUCAGAGGGUUGGUCUCAUGGUCUGUCUCACUAAAGUGUUUUAUGAUCUGAUUUAAAAGAAGUGAUAUAUAUCAACACUUACCUCAUCACAGAGGAAUAAAAACAUUUUCGAUUUACAUUUUCAGCAGCUGUUCUUUCCAAUCUUAAAUCUGUACCUGCCUCUUCUCUGCUUCAUAUUACACAUGCCUUUUUCUUGUUUCUUGUCUUAGUUUGUUUACUUGUAUCUGUGAAAGAAGCUGUCUUGUAACUGAAAACAAAGAAAGCAUCACUUUGCCAGUUAUUGUUCUAAACACUUCAAGAUUUUCUUUAUGCAACAGAUGAAUUCAUCUGGGGUGACAUCUAUCAGCAGCUUCAGAAACAGAAGAUGUUAUGCUUCUAUCCCAGUCUUCUCAGUCACUGUGAUCUAAAUAAGAUACCAUUACCUCUGUUUGUAUUCAAGGUGCCACCAGUUGAACAAACCGCACCGAUUGGAAGUCCACCUGCUUUUCCUGCCCCCAUCAUGCUGUCCCCCCAGGCCAUGCCUCCAGGCGGCGCUCCUUUCAUCCCUCCAGAGUUUGACCCCGCAAAUUUGACACCAGGUAAGACUUUGAUGUUGAAGAAAAAAAAAGCAUGAAUGAUUUAAAGGAAGUCCUGUUUGUACCUCAAAAAGAAAACAAGUCUGGUGAAAUAACGAUUCUUACCUUGUUGUUUCUUAAAACUUUUGCUCUCACGUGGAUUUUUCACUUAAAGCAUUUCCAUUUUCUCUCUCUCUCUCGCUGCAGGAAGUGUAAAACCUCCAGACAAGUCCAUAAAUGAUUCGAUAGGAGACCAAAGCUCAUCUUCAGAUGCCCGCACUAACAACAAGCUGGGGGUUCCUCCAGCACCAGUAAUGAACCUUCCAGGUCCAGGCAUGAUGCAGGGUCCCGGACCAGGCAUGCCCCCUCUGCGGCCUCCUCCUGGCAUGCCAAAUCCUCAUGUACCUCCGUUCCUCCCACCUUCCAACAUGCCUCACAUGCACCCUCAAAUGAUGCCUGGAGGACCCAUGUUUCCCAUGGACAGGUUCAGGAUGCCUUUGCCCUUCCCUCCUCGUGGACCUCCUUUCGUUCAACCCCCUCCUAUGGGACCAGGUGGUAUGGAUGACAGAGAUGGAAGGCAUUUUCAAAAUGUAGGGCCAGGGUUCGGCGGCCCCCCUUUCCCCAGGGGGAGGUGGUAG